AGAUUGUGUGUUCAGUUUUUAGGUUUCUUAUCGGUGUCGUCACACUUGAUCUUAUCACCACAGCAAAGUUGAGUUUUCGAAGAAGGGUUUCAGAGGAACUUCAGUGCGGAGAAAAUGGCAUUGUGGGUAGGCUUGUGGUUUUUCGCAGCUUUGAAAAAAAAAAACGGACAGAGAGCCCCGGACUUCCUGUUCUCUGCUUGAUCACAGAGCUCAGUGCUGAGGCUCUUUUUGAAGAGAUCUCUCUGACGAAAGGAACAACAAACAAGAAAAAAGACCUCCAGCAUCCCCUCGUCUCAUCUCUGCUCGGUAAGAUGGUGCGAGCGCUGCUCACCGCUGCCUUUCUGGUGAUCAAUCUCACCUGCGCCGAGGCCAUUGACGACAUGAACGUAUGUUACAUUCUGGAUGGGAUUCUAAUCUUUUACGGGAUCGUUUUAACAGUUUUAUACUACAGACUGAGGAUGAGUCCGUGCCAAAGAGCGGCUGUCAAAAAACCUGAGAAGAAGCCCGUAGAGGGAGGCAUCUAUGCGGUGAGACUCUUUAUGAUGCUUAAAAAGACAUUUCAAAAGGCACAUGAUGGGAAGGGUCUGUCCUGUCAGAGCUCUGAUGUCUACGAGACCAUCAGAAUGGAUAAAAAGCCCAUCGUGUGAUUAAAGAAGAUUCAAUCUCUUUCAGUUUUAUACUUUAAAAUACUUUUGCUAACCUUUGGUGUUUGUUUGCAUAUAGUUUAUAUACACAACUCUUGCUCUCUGUUCUUUGUACAAAAAAAAAGAAUCUGCAUGUUGGAAAUGCUUAAGCAUAUUUUAUUUAACAUGUAACAGACACUGCCUGUGUCCACGUCUACGUGACCCACGUGGCUUUGUGUUUCACAAGUCGUUGUUACGCAACUUACUCAGAAAACAGAAGUCUAAAAUUAUCGUUUGUAUCGGUUCAUUUGUUCCCUUUUUGAUGUGUUUGCUUGUGACUUAAUCCAUGUUUUUGAUCAAAAGUUUUUAGGGUUUGAAAUGUUCAAAAAAAAAAAAAAGAAAAAAAAAAGGUUAAAAUGAUUCCUUUGUUUUGAAGUUAACUCAAUCCAUCACAAUACGAAGCAAACAAAAAUCUGCAUUUGGACCUGCAGGGGUUUGAUCAUUCUUUUGUGUUUCAUGAUUAUUUUUCAGAUGAACUAGAGGAUCAAAUGACAAAAUAUACUUACAAACCUGUUGGGAUAAGUCCAAAUCGAUGUGUUUAUGUGGGUCUUAAUGUGCCCAUCAAUCAAUCAAUCAAUCUUUAAUUCUAUAAAGCCAAUUUAUGACAAAUGUCAAGACACUUUACAAAAAGAGCAGAUAAAAGACCUUACUCUUUGUUAUAAUAUCUACAAAGACCCAACUUUAAUCCAUCAUGAGCACUGAGCAACAUUUAACAAAGUUACAGUGGAGAGGAGAAACUUCUUUAAGAGGCAGAAACCUCGAGCAGAACCAAACUCAUGAUGAACAGACAUCUGCAGGAACUGUGCUGGGCUUGAAAGAUGAGAUGGAGGAAGAAGGAGGAAGAAGGAUAGAGAUAAACAGAGCAGCAACAACAACAAUGACUAAGAUAGAUUCAGAGCUACAAUGUCAUUAAUAAUGGUAAAAGAAUGUGUAGUAUUAGCAGUAACAUUAUAGAGGUUAUUAACCAUGAUAAUUGGUCAAUAAAAAGUUGACUUUGUGUAAUAAAUAUUAUAAAUAUUCAUGUUUGAUUGUAUUUGCUUGACAUUGUUUCCUUGUUUUUCCAUCUCGAGUGUUUGACGCACGCUGAAUUUGUUGUAUAAGUUUCAUGUUGAUUUCUGAAUUUAAUCACUGAGCCAUGUUUUAAGAAAGGAUCUCUAAAAAACAUUUGAAUCCUAUUUUCAUGUAAUGUGUUUUGUUAGCAGCAAAAGAAAAGAGAAAAAAGAAGCAUCACUUGUUCAUUUUGUUUUAAAUAUGACCUUAAUCAAAUGUUACAAUAAUUCAGAAUGAAAUGAGUUGAUAAUUUGAGUUUUGGCAUCCUGACAAUAAAUGAAAUUAAAAGUGAA